UCCACGCACGCUUCGCACAUCUUCGGCUCUCCUCGGCACCAUGAGCUAAAACAAUCGUCGCUCAUUUUCUUCCCCUAAAUUCUCUCCCUCCUCGCGAGUGAUCCGCACCGACUCGGACUAUCCGCUCCAUUGGACCGCCUGUGCGGCUGCUGCUGUCCCCGGUUCGGCCCGGUUCGGCCGUAAACCAAACCGGGAUUGGGGAGCAGGGCGAGAGGCAGUGAAGAACCCCGGCGCUGGAUCACGCUGAAGGGGGCGCUUCACGAUGGCCCACGUGGCAACCUAUGACCAGCUGGCCCACCAGGUGGAGGCUCUCCGCAAGGAGAACUCCCACCUGAGGAGGGAGUUGGAGGACAACUCCAACCACCUGUCCAAGCUGGAGACGGAGACCAUCGGCAUGAAGGAAGUUCUGAAGCAGCUGCAGAGCAAACUGGAGCAGGAGGCGGGAACGCUGGCAUCGUCCGGGCGCAGCGACGUGCUGCAUCAGCUCAAAGAACUCCACAUGGAUCUUACCAACUACUACGAGCUCAAACACCAAACUCACAACCUGAGGGUGAUGGCUGGGGGCUUUGGGGGGUCAUCGGAGCUGGAUGACCGCCUGGCUCUUCCUCCCUCCACCUGCUCAGCCCCUUCGCCCGUGCCGGCUGCCCGCAGCAGGAGUCCGCUCCGAGCCGCGUCCCGCCAGAGCUUGUCGUCGGUCGGGGACUCGUCGCUCAUGCUGCCACACCACAUCUUGGAUGGAGCGCCGCCCAAGACGGCUGUGAUCACCGCGGCAGACGGGCGACUCAGUGACCAUCACAUAGAGGAGCUCUACAAAGAGAGGAAUCUUCUGCUUGGAGAGAUCGAUCGUGAAGAAAGAGAGCGCUGUUGGUACUUCAGCCAGUUGGAGGCGCUGUCUCAGAAACUAACUCAUCUGCCUCGCAUCGACACGUUCUCCCUGCAGAUGGAUCUGAUCCGACAGCAGCUGGAGUUCGAGGCUCAGCAGGUCCGAUCUGUGAUGGAGGAACGUUUCGGCUCCAGUGAGGAGAUGGUGCAGAGGACGCAGAUGCGUGUUGCUCGUCUGGAGCAGCUGGAAAAGGAGCUGCAGGAGGCUCGAGGCAGUCAGGAGAGUCAGCUGCAGUUAUCGGGAGCAGAGAAGCCACCUGUUGGUGAGCCCGAGAACAGCACGUCAUCAGCGGCAGGAACUGAGGCAGCAGCCGACGGAGGGAGCAAGGUGGAGAUGGUCUUCUGGCUGCUUUCCAUGCUGGCCAACCGGGACAAGGAGGAGAUGUCCCGGACUCUUCUGGCCAUGUCCAGCUCCCAGGACAGCUGCAUCGCCAUGAGGAAGUCGGGUUGCGUCCCCCUGUUGGUCCAGAUUCUGCACGAGGUUCCCGGGGACAACACCGGAACAGCAGAGGCCGUGACGACUUGCUGUAGCCGUGAGGCAAAGUCCAGGGCCAGUGCUGCAUUGCACAACAUCAUCUACUCGCAGCAGGAUGAGGGCCAGGCCCGGCGGGAGAUGAGGGUGCUGCACAUGUUGGAGCAGAUCAGAACCUACUGUGACAGCGGCUGGGACUGGAUCGAGAGCCACACUGACAUUCCUUCACCUGGAGGAACCAAAACCACAGACAUCCCGGAACCAGUCGACCCUCAGAUCUGUCAGGCCAUGUGCGCCAUCAUGAAGCUCUCCUUUGAAGAGGAGUACCGACGGGCCAUGAAUGAGCUGGGUGGUCUCCAAGUGGUGGCAGACCUGAUUCACCUUGACCAGUCCAUGUACGGCAUGCAGAACGACCCUAUCAACAUGGCACUGCGCCGAUACGCAGGGAUGGCGCUGACCAACCUCACCUUUGGAGACGUUGUGAAUAAGGCCACUCUGUGCUCCAAGAAGAGCUCCCUUCAGGCUCUCGUGGCCCAGCUGAGUUCAGACAGCGAGGAGUUGCACCAAGUCGUCUCCAGCAUUCUUCGUAAUCUGUCCUGGCGUGCUGACAUCAGCAGUAAGAGGGUGCUGAGAGACAUCGGCUGUGUGUCGGCGCUAAUGACCUGUGCACUGCAGGCGACAAAGGAGUCCACCCUGAAGAGUCUUCUGAGCGCUCUGUGGAACUUGUCAGCACACAGCAUUGAGAACAAAAUGGCCAUCUGUUCGGUGGAAAGUGCCCUUGGGUUCCUGGUCAGCACAUUAACAUACCGCUGUCAGACCAACUCGCUCGCCAUCAUUGAAAGCGGGGGAGGCAUCCUCCGUAACGUUUCCAGCCUGGUUGCCACUCGAGAGGACUACAGACAAGUCCUCAGAGACCACAACUGCCUACAGACACUGCUGCAGCACCUUCGUUCACACAGUCUGACCAUCGUCAGCAAUGCCUGUGGGACCCUUUGGAACCUCUCUGCCAGAAGUCCGAAGGACCAAGAGCUCUUGUGGGAUUUAGGAGCUGUUAGCAUGCUGCGUAACCUUAUCCACUCAAAACACAAGAUGAUAGCCAUGGGCAGCGCUGCAGCGCUACGUAAUCUGCUCACCAAUCGACCCCUGAAGUACAAAGACAUGGCCGUGGUGUCCCCUGGCUCGUGCAUGCCUUCACUUUACAUGAGGAAGCAGAAGGCCCUGGAGGCGGAGCUGGAUGCAAAGCACCUUGCAGAGACAUUUGACACUCUUGAGAAGCAAAGCCCGAAACAUCUGACUCUCCACAAGCCUCUACGCCACAUUGAGAGCCUGGCGAAAGAUUACGCGUCUGAUUCUGGUUGCUUUGAUGAUGACGAGGCACCGAAUGUCUCCAGCAGUCUCGACACGGGAAGCUUCUCCAUGCUAUCGAUGUUCCUCUCCAACUCAAACCUUCUGCAGAACCAGUCACGUAAAAGAGAGAUUGAACCUGAGAGAGACAUGGAUCCUCCCCAGAUGGCUGAGAGAAGACUAGCCCCCUCGGAUGAUGUUGUUUCAGCUGCAGCGGAGAAGCUAGCCAAAAAGAUCACCAACACCGUUGCCAAAAUCGACAGAUUAGUGGAUGACAUCACCAUGCACACUUCCUCCGAAGACAGUUUGAGCCUCAGCUCUGAGGACCACCUGGCGGACUGGUCGUAUGGCUUGAACGAGCUCAAUGAAGCCAGAGCUAGCUCGUGCUCCCCAUGCCGCCUCUCUGACACCAGCAGUUUGGCACAUCGAGAACGUCUCAGUCGGGCCCAUGCACUGUUACGCCUCAAAACCGCCCAUACAAGUGUGUCCACCGAUAGCCUCAACAGCGGCAGCACCAGUGAUGGCUACUGCGGAAGCAAAGAACAAGUACCAGCUGCUCCAAAGGUGGCAGUACAAAAACAACGGCCGAACCAACUAGAUAUUAAAGUGGCUCAUCAGGAGUUCUUGAGUGUUCGACACACGGUGCUGAAUGAGACAAGCCAGCAAGACGUACCGGAAAGAGACUCAGUGGACAACAAAGAUGCAAAAGACUUGAUUAAUUCAGACGCGGAGAAGAACAAAGACCCACAAGCACAAACCCCCGUCAGUGUGUCCACUAAAGUGUCCUCAGAUGUUAGCAUGGCAUCGAUUAAGCUCUCUCCCUCAUAUCAGCAAGUCCCACUGAUCCAGAGCGUGGCAAAAUUUGGAGUAGCCAAGACAACAAUCAACGUUCAGGCAGCUCAAGCAAUGAGAAGGCAAGCGUGGGUCCCGACGGUGAUGACUGGGGACAGUAUCACCAAAUUCACCCCAAUGAAUGCCGCAAGAAGCCCCACCAUUGGGCCAAUGGAGACGGUUCAGAAAUAUUCAGUGGAGAACACACCAAUCUGCUUCUCCCGCUGCAGCUCCUUGUCUUCCCUCUCUUCUGGAGAUGGAGCACUUGACGGACAGAGUGAAAAUGAGCUGGAAAGCGACUCAUCCCUAGAGAUAAUUGAAGUGGAGGAUGGUGAGGUGGUGACAAAGCAGGAUGAGGAUGAAACCCUGGAGGAUUUGAGUGACAGCCAGUUGCUACUGACCGACUCUAAAACCUUCCCGAAUAAAGACGUAGUUCCCAUAGAAAUCCCGUGUCCUGCUAAAAAGGAAAAGGUCUUCCUUCGCCGAGCCUCGCCUGCCGUCCUUGAAGAUGACCGGUCUCCAUCAAGCUCCUCUGAGAACUAUGUCCACGAUACACCUUUAGUCAUGAGCCGCUGCAGCUCUGUGAGUUCAUUGGGCAGCUUUGAGUCGCCCUCAAUCGCCAGCUCGAUCCAAAGUGACCCCUGCAGUGAAAUGAUUGACGGGACGAUUAGCCCCAGUGACCUCCCAGAUAGUCCAGGGCAAACCAUGCCUCCGAGCAGAAGUAAAACUCCAUGUUGCCUUGAGACAACUGGGCCAGACGGGCAAGCAACAGGGACGUCGGUACAGUGGGAGAGCAGCUUACGAAAAUUCAUGGAGAUUGCAGACUCCAAAGAAAGGUUCAACCUUCCUCCCGACCUGGACUCGAUGAUCUACUUCACCGUUGAAAAGCCUACUGAGAAUUUCUCAUGUGCUUCGAGCUUGAGCGCCCUUCCUCUCCAUGAACAUUACAUACAAAAAGACGUGGAGCUGAAAUUGACGCCGCUAAUGCAGCAAAGUGACAAAAACGAAUAUCUAGAUGAGGACGAACAAGAUCGGGGUGAGCGGUACAGCGAGGGGAACUCUGACGAUGACAUUGAAAUUCUUAAAGAAUGCAUAAACUCUGCCAUGCCUUCCAAGUUCAAGAAAGUAAGGCCAUCCUUGGUGACCACCAUACCGCAACACAUUCUCAACUCCCGAAAGCCAAUACAGCUCCCUGUCUACAUGAUGCUGCCAAACGGGAAAACCCAAGUGUAUCCUGGAAGACGAAUCGUCAUUCCACAACGAGACUUGAAAUGUGACGACUCCUCAUUCACCGAUUCUGCAGAAGGGACAGCAGUCAACUACUCCAGCACAACGUCUCUAAGCGAUGAGACACUUCAGUAUUCUGUCAAGGAGAGGGGGGCAAAGGAAUGCACAGCGAAGGGCAUCAAACAGGAACUCGAUGAUGAUGCCAAGAGAAUCGAGGAUUUAAGGAUCUUUUCACAUUUCCACAAGCCAAACAAGAGCAGUCACCCUCAGGACAUUCAGUUGACCCGAGCAUCCAAACAUGUUGUUCCCACCCAGAAGAUACUGAUGCAGAGCAAAGAGGUCGCCGACAGGGUUGCCAGCCAAAGGAAUCGUGAACAGUCACCUAAUCAACAGAGAAAGAGGCAAGGUCAGCUGCCCAUCAUCAAACAAAGCGGAGAAGCAUACCUCAAUGCUGGAGCUCUGAAAAAACAAGCCUUGUUUCAACAACUGUCACAGUCAUCAGAGGAGAGCAUCUACUUACAAGAGGCACAAAAUGAGGUUGACAGAACAAAGCAAUUGGCCCGAAAACAAACAAGAGAAGGUGUCAGGAACACUCUCUCACGGAGCAUGACCAAUGUCGGCAAGACAGAUAACUCCCAAACAAAGGCUCGAGGCUUUCAGAGGAUCAAACAGAACUUGAUAAAAGACGAGUCAUUUGCGUUCUCGCUCAGCUCUUCCCUCAGUUCAUUGAGUGAUGCUGAGUUCGACGAGUCUCAAUCACAACAAAUAUCGUACAAAAACAGACACAACAAGACUCUGAAUAUGUUACAACAAACGAGGAAGAUCAGCAUUCAAAAACACUAUGAAGAACAAAGCUCGCCGAGUUCGGUCAGCAUGGACUCGGAGGAUGACCUCCUUCAGAAAUGCAUUACUUCUGCGAUGCCCAAACAGAGACGGAAGCCCGCAGCCCGGAAGAAGAAGGAGAACAUCCAGAAACAGAAAUACUGUGAUGCUUGGAAAAUGGACGAAGAGCUAGACAGCGAUGACACAGCGUGGGACAACGAUUCCGACCUCAACAGUGUUGAAUGGAGGGCCAUUCAGGAAGGGGCCAAUUUCGUAGUCACUGGACUCCAGGCCACUAAGUCUCAAGAGCCGUCCUCGGAGGAGACGGAGUCAGUCUUAUCAUUCAUGUCCACCUCCAGCUUCACACCCAAGGAAAAGAAGUUUGCCAAAGACAAGAAGGCCAACACGCCACUUGAUUUUGCAGUGCGUAAACCAGUGCCAAACCUGCCGGUGGUUUUCAGAGGGAGGACUGUGAUUUACACGCCACAAAAGGAAGCCGCUCCUUCACAGAGACCGCCCCCGAGAAAAGCACCAACCAAGACAAAUGCACCGAAAAACCCAGACCUUGCUCAGCACAGAUCCAAGAGCCUUCACAGGCUAGGAAGACCACAAGACACAGAACUGUCUCUGCCAAAGAGGAGCUCUACCCCACCUCCAAGGAUCCCGAAAAGCUCAUCUUCUGGAUCCUCACAGAGCUCCACUCCAUCCAAGCAGUCUCAGAAGAAGCCCUCACCCCCAACGCAAACAAACAAGCUAAACCAGAAAAAGUCUCCUGUCCAAAGUCCGCCAGCAAAAAGCCCGCCCGAGAGGAAGGGACGUUCGCCGGUUGUGAACCGAAAUGAAAAAUCUCCUCCGCCAAAGACACAGAAAUCUCCCGUAAGAAUCCCUUUCAUGCAAAACACAGUCAGACAACCAAGGCCGCUGUCACCCCUGGUAACCAACCAAACCGUCACCAGACAAGGACCAGCCAAUGGCAAAAGAAGCCUCUCUGCAAAUCGAUUUGACCUGGUGAGGAUGGCUUCUGCCCAUUCCAGUGGGGGAGAUUCAGAUGCUAAUGGGUUUCUGAGACAACUGACUUUCAUUAAAGAGUCCAAGACUAUGGGCAAACGUGACGGAUCUGCACACAUCAGGCCAGGCUCUCAGGGCGGAUCACCUCGACGGGCAGUACCAGGUGCAUCUGCAGUCUUUCUAUGCUCUUCACGUUGUCAGGAACUUAAAGCAGCAGUCCAGCCUCCAAGACGGAUGCAGAAGAAUGAAAAUCAGCUGCCCCAGAAACCAAACAGUGGCCCUCAAAAGCUGACGUCUGCACUCUCCAGAGCCACCUCUAGUGAACGAGACCUGUCUGCAAGGCGUCCAGCCAGGAGAACAAGUUCUGAAAGUCCCUGUAGAGCAGCUCAGAGAAAUGGGCCGAACAGGAUUGCGGCAUUAAGGCAGAAGCAAGAUGGGGACACCUUCAAACGGCAUGCCUCUUCACCGAGUAUCAACAUACUGAGUCGAGUGACUAGCCGUUCUUCCCUCCGUUCUUCAUCUUCUGACUCGAGCGGGAGGGCAAAAAGUGAGGAUGAUACCAAGAAGAAAGGACAAAGAUCUGCAUCUCGACUGAAUGACAGAGUGACCUGGAGGAGGAUCAGGGAUGAGGACGUACCCCAGAUUCUGAAGAGCACUCUGCCUGCUAACGCUCUGCCUCUGGCGCCUUCCCCUGAAGAGGAGGAGCCAAAAGCAGCCCUUACAAGUAAACUGCCAACAAUUUUACUCGCAUCACGCAAAACAAGUGAUGCAACCGUUCAGACGGAAGAUUUCGCCCAAAGCAAGAUUAACUCAGGCACCGGUCCAACCACAGACACUGCCACAGUAAUCUCAGAGGAAGCUGCGCGGUUGGUACUGCUCAGAAAGCUCAGUGCCAAUUCCGGGAGUCUCCACCAAGAUGGCGAUUCAGACGUUUCGCUGAGGAGCCACAGCAACCUCUCGACAGGAACGUCCGACAGUUUCACGGGCGGGGCAGUCCACUUCCGCCAAGGUUCGCCAAGCAAAGCUGCUAGAGUCACUCCGUUCAACUAUACCCCAAGUCCCAUGUUGAGCUGCCAGCCAGACCAACAGAGCCAGGUUAUCAAGUCUGGGGGAAAGAGCGAGUCAUAAUCUGGGACUGAAGGUCCGUAGAACCUUGUCUGGUGACCCUUUCCUUUCAUGCAUUCACACAGCUUCCAUCCUCCGUAAGAACAAGGUUGGACGUUUGUUGGCUGAGGCCUGCUGUUCACAGGCCACCACAGACUUCCAUCUGUUAUGGAGGAACAGCAUCUUUUUUACUUGUUUUGUAUUUGUAGAGGACUCAUUGCCCCGGGGGAGAAACAAGAGACCUAUCCGGGCCAACACUCCCGUCAGUUUUCAGGACAGAACUGAACUAUAUGCAAAACGAUGUUGAACUGUGUCGAGGAACCAUGUAAAUUAUUUUUUACAGCUCCGUCGUCAGCCUGCUACUCUCAUUUCCUCUUUCAAACUGUGCCCCAGGAAAUACUUUCUAACACUCACUGCUAGUGGGCUCAAUUUGCGUCCCGCACCUCCUUGUACAUGCUCGACACACAACAGUACUACAACUGUAAAUAGUGCAAUGCAGCCAUACCAAAUCUUCAACUCGUCCUGUUGGGUAUAGUCUCGUUGCUUCCCGACAGCAUGCUAAUAUACUGUGCGCCUAUAUAAAUAUAUACAUAUAUAUAUACACACUCACCCGUCGACCUUAUAAGUACUGGAUGACAACACACAGUGGUUUUCUAAUGUGUUCAUUGAGCGCAGUCUGUGCAGCACAGACACCACGUAUGAACAAUGGAUUCAACUGUGGUAGCCGAUAACUGUACUACGCAAAUUAAGGUGUGUCGUCACAGGCUGCAAGCAUCUAUAACCUGUUGUGACCCGCUUAACCAUGUGGCUAUUUAAGUAGUGCUAGCAAGAAGACUAUGAAUAUCCUCUGUAAUCUGAACAUCACUUUCCUACGCGAACAAGCGUGCACAGUGUGGACGGGCUGUUUGGACUGUGCCGAGAAAUGAAUGACAGAGCAUGAAGUCUGAGUGAUGACAGAAAACAUGCCCUUUUAAGAAACAGCCUGCUGCAACACCAGCCCGCGUGUACGGACAGAACAGGCUCAAAUAAGACGCAGUGGUCUGUCACAACAAGAGCUCAUGUCAGAGUGUGUAUUUUUAACAAAUGGAAAGUGGAGGUUUAACUUCAACAAGUCUUCGUCCUUCCGCCCGCCAAUUCAUUAGCAGUUAGCAAUAGCAGGGUCCAAACAUUUUCGCCAGGACCUUUUUGUGACACACAAAGCUAGUUAACGACAAUUUUCAUCCGACAAAAAUUUGAUCAAUGAAAGAAAUAAGGGGCGCAGGACUACUCAAAGCGACAUUCACUUUUGUCUAGUGGCCUUUCUUAAGAUGAAAUCACACUACAUGUUUCUUCGCAUUCAAACAGUUGACCUUUUUGUUAUUGUCUUUUCACACAUGGUCUUUUUGCCUAUGCUUAGGUCUUUGUUGGUCAAGGACUCGUGCGUUGUAACCAUUUCACUAUCUAUCUUUUAAUGAGUUAAUGAUGCUACUGAAGUUGUUAUAUUUUCACACUAGUUCUAAGGUGAAUGUUAGCAUCACUAGCAACGUCCAGCACACAGAAAUAAUUCCAUAGAAGCUGCGAUAAGACAAAAGGGGAGCAAAAUCGUGAAUGGAUUCCUGUCCUUUUAAAACGUUGCGCAAGUCAAGGCUGAUGUGUUCUUUGCAAAACACGCUAAGCUUAACACCAUUCAUUCGUUUUGGUUUCCCCCGAAUGUAGCGAUUAGCACGAUGGCACUUACAAAGGACCGAUGAGGGAAAAAAAGCUCUUCAGUUUCCGCUCACUGAUGUCUAUAUUUGAGCCUGAGGUGUUUCACUGGAACUUUCUGGGUGAACUGACAGUUCCGGCACAUCCAGACCGAACUGGGACAUGUGCCAAUUGUAAAUGGAGGGCUGGAGCGACGGUAACUGUGUGGCCUUGUCCGAGAAGAUCCGGCGCGAACGAGGCUGCACAGACGUGAUGGUGCCAUGUGACAUAGGCGGAGCAGCGGCUUUGUCAUACUCUUUGUUUUUCAUCCAAUAAAAGUCAAGUGUUUUAUGAGUUUGUUUUAUU